CUCCAGUCCCUCUUGCCCCACCCAUCACGCAAUGUCAUCCAGUCACGGCGAAUUAGAACAGCGCACGUGCAUGCAUCUGCGUAUGGAGCCCAGACGAAAAACUGAUCGGCAACAGGAGAGGGAAGCGAGGAUCCAUCACGGCCUCUCCGGCCGGCCGAGGUUUUCGAAAACCUCCCUUCCCUCUGCUGUGUCUGUCUUCAGGUCACGGCACGGAACACACCAGAUGCCGCAAUCUCAACCCUGCAGCAAAACACACACACAUACACACACACACUUUUACGGGUGUACACAUUGAGACGAUCUACACAUGCACUUUUGUACCAUGAUUCAGGCGGCUUGGCUGGCCCAGUAGCAGCACCAGCGGCAGCAGUCUUCUCCCUCUCCCUCUCCGUCUCCCCCCCCUCCCCAUGUGCUGCAGCUGUGUCGAUGGCCAUGACCUUGCCCACAAACCGCUCAGCGUCCCUCUCGUUUUGCUCCCGCUGCUGCCGCUCGGCCCGCAGCUGCUUGGCGUGCAGGUACAGCUGCCACAGCUGGUGGUACAUGACGAUCGAUGACUUGAGACGCUCGUCGAACCGAGUGGUGUGGCCGGCGGCGGUGGUUGUGGCGGCGGUGUGGGGGGACGACGGCGGGGAGAGUGUGUUGUGAGUGGAUGUGGGUGUGAGUCCGGCCGUGAUGGAGAGGGGCGAGUUGGACGAGUAAUCCACAUGGUGGAUGCCGCCUAUCGGUUGCGACACAGGAUGACACAACACAGCACAGGGGAGGGAUUUCUCGUGUUGCGUCGUGUCAGCUAAGGCUUCGUGUGUACCUGUAAAGCGUGUGGUGUCGAUGGGCGACGGCCGACUCGUGCCCGAGCAAGAACUCACAGGCCCAGCUGCACACACAUAGCCACGCAUCAUGUCUGCGCGUGACGGAUAUGUAUGCCCAUGGGCGUCUCACCGAGUUCGUCAAGUGUGGUUCCCCCCACCCACGGCGCGUCUUUGGGUGAUGCUUCCUCGAGAGCCUUCUGCUCCUCCUGCAGCUGUCGGCACUCCUCGUAGUAACGCACACGGUCCUGCGCAGCGGCCUCGUCAUAGAUCUGCAGACAGACAGGCAGGCAGUCAUGAGACAGACCGACGAAGAUCCAUUCAGUCGCAGAUGGACACAUGGAUGGUUGUGUGCAGUGGUGUGUGUGGGGCGAGUGUGUGAUGGGGCAUGGUCUCACCCUUUUUUCCUCCUUGGUCAUGCGCCGCCAUCGCUCGCCCAGCGCCACCAAAAUCUGCUUGUACGACAACUCUACACACACAGACACACAGACGAGCAUCGGUCGGUGCACACCUCAUCUUCGGUGUGUGUGGUGUUGUGACCCACCAGGGUGCAGUUCCUCCAUGGCAGGUCUCUCAGCGGCUUGGAAGAAGAGGAAGGGCGAGAGGGGCAUCUUAGGGCGUAAGGGGCCUCCCGCCUGACGGUCAGUCCUGCGCCGCUUGUACCUGGUGCUGCGGUUCCUGACCUCUCUCUUGGUGUCACCCCUGAACACACACAUGCACGCAGAUGGAUGGACGGAUGGAUGGAUGGAUGGUGUGCGUGUAAGGCCUCUGACUGACCUUCGAAGUCUCUUCACACCGGCGUGGUGGUCACACUCCCGCAUCGGUGGGUCGUUCAUCGCUGGUGCUUCCUCCUCGUCACACGCCGCUGCCUCCAGCCCCUCCAUCCCCAUCCACCGCUCGUCGUCGUCGUCAUCCUGCGCGCACUCCAGACCCUCACACAUGGGGUGGUCCACGCCGCCACACCAAUACGACCCCACACCACCACAACCACCACCACCACCAGUGGCGUCGACCUGGAGCAGCUCGUCGUCGUGUGAGCCGGUCUGGUACCAAUCCUGGUCGUACUCGGCAUCAGGAGCAGCAGAAGCAGGAGGAUGAGGAUGGCGUUUCCUGGGUCUGCCUCGCCCUCUGCGUGGUAGCCUGGGCUCUGGGGAGUUGACGGAGGACUCAUAGUGGUGGUUGCGUGUGGCGCCGCUGCGUGUGCGGAUGGGUGAGGUGGGGCGGGGGGAGGGUGUUGUGCUGGUGGCCGCGUCGGCGUCGAGUCGGGCAGCCUCCUUCCACAACUGACGGCGAAAAGGGAACGAUACCAGACAAAGGGAGUGCGCACCAUGUCUGUAUGUAUGUGUGGGUGGGCAAUGGUCUGUGUGUCAGUCACCUCUUUGGUGUGUUGAUCGAGUUGUUGCCACUCGUCGCCAGCGAUGCAGGCCAUCUGCUUCGAGUCGGCACCUGCACCAAUACAACACAGAAACACACACAGAACACAAACCGCAUCUUUCAAUGCCUGUUGAUUGAUGGCCGCCUCCCCUCACUCACUCACUCACCGGGGUAGAUCUGUUUGAGCUCCGGUCGUCUGUGGUUCAGGUACUUGAAGAAGGCCGUAGCCGACGACUGACGCCGACCCUGAAAGAACCACACACACAAGCACACAAUCACACGCACAAUCACACAAUCACAAUCAGUCAGCAGACAGAUGUCGUUCCAGCGUGUGGUGACGUACCAUCGUUUUGGUAGAUGUGAGACAGCCUCAACACGCAAACAGAUAAAGACGGUCUCGGUGCGAUACGGGAAAAAGACACUGCACAGACAGGCUCUCUCUGCUGUCGCUAUCUGACUGACUGACUGACAGACACUGCUCUGCUCUACAGACAGGUGGUGUGCAAAACCUCGCGCACGAGGACACACCCAGACAGACAGUCAGCCGAUGGCUGUCUCGCCUUACUCACACACGACACGCAGCACACACAUACACAUCACACGCAGGAGCGCUAAUUGCACAGCCACACACACAAACACACACACAGACAGACAGACAGACAGGCAGACAGCCAACUCACAGCACACGAUACAGACAAGGCAGGCAGGCAGUCAGAGAGAAGAAAAGAGGCAGUCCGGGGAUAAGCAAGGACAGAAAUAGCCAGCAGCAGGCCUCCGGGGCCUCUGUCCCGGCGCACAGCACAGCACGAGUAAUGAAGCAGAAAUGUCGUCCUGCAACCAGCAGUGUUGCCAGCAGAUCAAGGCAGGCUCUCAGCAGCAGCAGCACUUGCCCCUGCUUUGCUGCCCUCUCCCUUCUUUUUCUCCUCCUC